AUGAAGAAUGUGUUUGGUUCAAGUGAUGACGAUGACGAGAGCGAUCAUGACAUGCCUAAAAGGCCUGUGAAGAAGUUGAAGUUAGAAAGCACACCGAAAUUGGAGGAAACGGAACCUGUCGAAGACUAUAUGAGCUUCACCGUGGAAGAGGACGAUGGAAAACCUCCUCUGUCAAAAGCACAAACACAAGAUACUUCCUUGUUUGAGACAAAGUCUGUGGGACUUGCGAUGAUGCAAAAGAUGGGUUUCAAAAUCGGCGACAGUCUAGGUGGCUCGGACACGGGCAUCAAAGAACCCAUACAAGCAGUCCAAAAGAAGAAUCGGUUAGGAAUUGGAGCCACUUCAAUCGUCGAAAAAUCGGAGGCUGAGGAAAAGCAAGACAUUGACCAAUUAGUCAGUCAGCGUAAGCAACAGCUCCAUCAACAAAAUGCUGCUAAUACGGUGUUGAAACUUCAACGAUUCUGUUUCACUGCCUCGGGAGAUGACGAAUCGGUUUUGAAAAAAGAGGAUGCUGCCAAAGUCAACAUAUUGUGGCGUUCUCUAGCUCUUCAAUCCGUCUCUGACUUGCCCAGGAAACGUGUUUUAAUCGAUCAGGAGACCAGUCAACCUGAUGAAGAGCCAGAUGAGGAAUUGAGCUCCUUCCAAGCGAAGCAACCUUUAGAACAGCUCGCUGAGCUCAUUGACUUUUCACGAAUUCUCAGAUUCUGA